AUGGGGUUCGCGCGACAACUCGAUCUCCACAACCUGUUCGGCUGGUGCAUGUAUGCGCUUUUGGCGGUCAUGACUGCCAUUGGGCUCGGGAACCGUCUCUUGGCGUAUGCUGCACGACGGGGUACCGUGACUUGGACCGGCAACCUGUUGGAGCCGUGGCCCCGGCUCUAUGCUUGGUAUCGGCGUUACAUCGGCACUCCGGCAAUGAUGGGCUACCGCAACGCUCAGCCGUGGGGCAUCCUGACGAUCCCAACACGUCUUCAGGCCAUUCUCGUCGCGAUCUACGUCACGCUUAACGUUGUUAUGGGGUGCUACGGAUACGACACGUUCGAGAACAACAUGUUCUGGCUCGGACGCCAGGACCUCCAGCUUGCCCGCUAUGUCGCCGACCGAACAGGCAUCAUGAGCUUCUACAACAUGGUACUUCUGUGGUUACUGGCAGGGCGCAACGAUAUCAUUCUGUGGCUCACGGGCUGGAGCUACCCUUCUCUGAACUUGUUCCACCGUUGGACCGCGCGCGUUGCUGUCGUCCAGGGACUCGUCCACUCGGCCGGCUACGCAUACCUGAAGUGGGGCAAGUUCUGGCCGAUGAUGCGCGAGCGUUACUGGUGGAGCGGCGUGUAUGGCAUGCUGGCGAUGGGAGCGCUCAUCCCACUGUCGAUCCUGCCGUUCCGGCGCUACGCGUAUGAGGCAUUCCUCCUCCUGCACAUCGGACUCAGCGCUGCCUUCCUGGCGCUCAUGUGCAUCCACACGGACAUGUUCGGAUACGACCCUUUCGUUUGGCUCUGCGUCGGCAUCUGGCUCUUCGACCGCGUUCUUCGCCUCCUCCGUGUCGUCGUGCUCAGCUAUCGCACCCUUGGAGCGCGCAACGCUGUCGGCGUUGUGACCGCCAUCGAGCCCGGUCUAAUGCGGCUCAGCGUGGACACUAGCGUGCCCAUCACGCCGCGGCCGGGAGACUACUACUUCUUGUACUCCCCUCACAGUCUGACGCCGUGGGAGAACCACCCCUUCACUCUCGCUAGCUGGGAAAAGCGUCGCGACCGGACCACCCUCCACUUCCUAAUCGCGCCUCAGGCGGGCUGGACUUGGCGGCUUCGGAGGCGCAUCGAGGCUGCGACCCUCAAAGGCGGAGAGUCUGCGCCCCUGGUGACGGCGCCAGAGGCCAGGCUACGCGUGCUCCUUGAGGGGCCAUAUGGAACCCGCGAUCCCAUCGACGAGUAUGACCACAUUCUCCUUCUCGCGGGUGGAAGUGGAAUCGCUGCGAUCCUCCCCUACGUCUACUGCCUGGGUCAGUCGUCGGAUGGCAAGGCGAAGAAGCGCCGUAUCAGCGUGGUGUGGACGGUGCGAAAUGCGGCUUACGCGGCCGACGUUUUUUCGAAUGAGCUGGCCCCUGAGCGCACCUCACACAUCAGCCUCGACCUGUACCUUACGCAGGAGGAACCAGCGUCGGCACGUGCCUUCCUGGCUGGUCUCGAGGUUACGCUGGACAGCGGGUACGGUGCCGUAAACCCCAGCGAGGUCGGAGACAGGGAGCGCCGUGACGUCGUAUUUUCGAAGGGCCGACCGCCUAUCCGCGAGCUGCUUGCGGCCCAGAUCGAGGCGCUCAGUGGGACAGAAGGAUCGCGGCUGGCUGUGCUCGCGUGCGGUCCUGGGGCAAUGAUGGACGAUCUGCGAGCGGACAUCGCAGACGCCUAUGGCUCUCCUAUCCUCCAAGCCGACGCUUCCAGGCUCGACUACUGGCUCGAGUACUUCUAG